CCGACAUAACACACUCCGGUACAGUAGGUGGCGAUAUGCCCAUAAGUCAAACUCAAAGCAGAAGAAGCCCGCGCAGGUGAGACGGAAGAUUCACUUUCAAAUUUGUGGCGCAAUAAUGGCAGACUCUUCUGUCCCGCUUUUCUUUCUCCUGUUGGGAAUCUUUAUUAAAGGUGAAGCUCUGAUAGAAACAGAGGAGACUGUGUGGGCAGCAGUGGGGGACCAAGCCUCUCUAAGCUGCCGGCUCACUGGAAACAAAGAAGUCCUCCAGGUCACCUGGCAGAAAGUCCUCCCUGAUGGAGAGAUGAAUCUGGCCACCUACACCAAGAAAUUUGGUUCUAGAGUGAGUGCUGAUAUGGAGGAGAAGAUGGAUCUUCAGCACAAGGAUCUGCGGAGCUGCUCCAUGGUGAUCAGGAAGGUGACGGAGCAGGAUGAAGGCUGCUAUAGAUGUUUGUUUAACACCUAUCCUAAAGGAGCCCUGAUAGGCAGGACCUGCCUCAGACUCUAUGAGCUGCAUGGACCCGUCCUUGAUGUCAGCAGAUCAAGCUCUCCUGCAGGGUCAGUUGUGUCCUGUUCAGCCACAGGUCGACCUGCUCCCACUGUAACACUGACUGCUCCACAGCAGAACCUCAGCUUGUCCCUCUACAACACCACCAGGGUGAGCAACAGCAACGGUACCGUCACCGUCACCACCACAGCUCUGCUGUCAGCUUCCAGCAGCACACAGGUUGGAUGUUCAGUGUCAGUUCUCUCUGCUGCUCCCAGAGAGCUGCUGCUCACCGUUCCUGGACCCUCACACACGUCUGAUCAUGCAGGUUUAAAUGAACAACCUGGAUUAUCUUUUGAUGAGAGACAGGAGCCUAAAGAUCUGACUGUCACCUUGGUCAUUGUCAUAUUUUUCAUGGUUGCCCUUUUUUGUGGUCUUGCAAUCAUCGCCAAACGGAGACGUAAAAUUGAAAAAAACAGGGACCCUGAGAGGAACAAAACACCACUAAAAUCACCUGGAAUGCAAAGAAACAAAACACCUUCACAGACGUCGACGAAUGAGAUGAGACAGCGAACAUCAACAAAGAAAAGUCCAAGAAACAACAGCCACAAAGCAUCAUCUUUAGUGGCCAAGAAACUGUUUACAGACGAUCGACCCGAUGGAUCGACCAGAAAGUUAAAGAACCAGCUGGUCAUUUAAAAUGCUUGAAAACUAAAUGGGUCCAGCUUAGGGAUCUGCUUUAUUUGGCGCCCUCAAACCUGUUUAAUGAAUAGCACAACUCUCCAGUGAGCUGCAUCUAAAAUGUUAUUUUAUUUAGUUGCUCUAACUUUUUAAUCAUACUUGUACUUACAUAG